AUGGCGAAUGUUGAAAUGGCAGAAGCUCUUGGGCAACAUGUGUUAUUACUAUUAUUCUCUGGUGAUGCAACUAAUUCUGUGAAACAGAGUGCUGUUUUGUGCAUGCUGCGACUCUUCAGACUUAAAUCGGAUAUCAUUUCUAAAAAAGAAUAUGUAGAUAGGAUAGCAAGUUUUCUAACCGAUCCAGAUUUGGGUAUACUUACUGCAGCAUUAAGUCUGAUUGAAGCUUUAGCUGCAGCAAAUAAGUUAAAUCAAGAAAAUUGUUUCCAUUCGGCUGUACACAGAUUGCAUCGUAUCAUGAAAUAUCCAAGUCUAGACCUUCAAGACUAUAAUUAUUAUUUUGUCCAAGCGCCCUGGUUAUCCGUGAAAUUAUUGAAACUUUUGCAAUAUCUCCCUUUUCCUGCGGAGCCCUCAUCGACAAAAAAUUAUCUCAUAGAAAGCAUCGAACUUAUCUUCAAUAAAGUUCAAGAACCCCCUAAAACUAAGAAAAUUGAACAUCGUAACUGCAGAAAUGCUGUUAUGUUUGAAGCUAUCAAUUAUAUUUAUCAUGUUAAAACAGAAUAUUCUCUUCAAAUGAGAGCAUGCAAUAUUUUAGAUAUGAAUUUGAAACAAAAUGAUUCUAACUUACGAUGUCUUGCGUUAGAAACUAUGCAACUAUUGACAAAAUCAGCCGUUUGUAGCGAAAGAAUAAAACAGCAGCUCAGACCUAUAACAGAUGCUUUAAAAUAUGAAAAUGACAUUUGCAUUCGCAAAAAAGCUGCAGACCUUUUAUACAAUUUAUGUGACGAAAGCAACAUUAAUGAAAUCAUUGAGCAAAUGUUUGAAUAUCUUGAAGACUGUGAUGUGACGUUAAGAGAAGAAGUUGUGCUGAAGAUUGCAGUUUUAGCUGAAAAUCAUUUUUGUGCUCUCGAAUACUAUGUUGAUGUAAUUUUGAAACUUUUAAAGUUUUACGGCGUAUAUGUAACAACAGCUGUUUGGUAUAGGUUUAUUCAUCUUGUUACAAACAACAAGGAAAUAAGAGGUUAUGCAACUAAAACAUUAUUCGAUGCACUUCAGACACAGCCUUAUUCUGAUACCCUCGUUACCGUGGCAGCUUAUAUUCUUGGAGAAUUUGGUAAUUUAAUUGCUGGUGAUGAAAGGUCUAAUCCUAUUAAACAGCUUCGAUUACUUCAUUCGAAUUUUGCAUUUUGUUCCAAAAAGACAAAAGCCAUGCUUCUUACAACAUAUAUGAAAUUUUUUAAUCUUUUCCCUGAAAUCAAACAAAACGUCAAACGCAUAUUUCUCACUAAUCUGAAAGAUUCCGACCCAGAAAUUCAACAGAGAGCUGUAGAGUAUUCCAAAUUAUGUGAAGUUGUAAAUGCAGAUACUUUGGCUGCAAUUUUAGACGAAAUGCCCUGUUUUAAAAAUAAGAUCUUUUCUGUUGACAGUGCUUUGCAAAGAAUGAAAACUAAGUUUACUGAAAUAAGUUUCGAAAAACAAUCCAAGAAUGAAAAAAAAGAGGAUAUUUUAGAAAGAUCUGUUUCAUACAAUGAAGCUAUACAGCAUUAUUCAAUUAACAAACCAACUGAUAAUGACGCUUUCCCUGUUCGAAGUUUAACUGUACCGCAAAAGGCGUAUAUUCCAAACAAUUAUUAUGAUACUCUGGUAGAGGUAUUUAGCGCCAAUAGUCAUGCAUGCCCACCACCAGAAUCUCAAUCCACAUCAACUUUAAUUGUUACCUCAAAUCAGGAAGCAAUUCAAAAUCUUAUUUGGAACAAAAAUGGAGUUUUAUAUGAGAGUAGCAUUCUGCUUAUUUAUGUAGAGAGUGAGUUCCGAAAGUGUAAAGGUAUGAUUCGCUUGAAAUACAAAAACAAAACUUUUCAAGUAAUGAAAAGUUUCGUAUCAUUUUUCCCUAAUGAUAAUGACCAGAAUAAAUUGCAGCUUCGAACGAAACCAUAUUCUACGACUAUACCAGCAACCGAAGAAAUAGUGCAGGAUAUUGAAGUAGAAUGCAUUCAAGAUUUCACUUGCAGACCUGCUUUGUAUUUAAACUUUUUUUGGGAAGGCUUGCAUCAAAAGUUAGAUUUGCAGCUGCCAGUUACUUUAAACAAGUUUAUUGAACCAGUUACAAUGACUUCCGACCAGUUCUUUUCCAAAUGGAACUCCAUGAAACUCUGUAGAGAAUAUUCGGCAACUUUUCCCGCCAAAUAUAUUAUGAAUAAAGAUCUGGUGAAGAAAAAGCUGAAUGGUUUAGGUCUGAGUAUACUUGAAAACAUAGAUAAAAAUUUGUAA